AUGAUAUGGGUUCCUGAUAUUGUGCUAUAUAACAACGCUGACAGUAACUAUAAUAUUACGAUAUCUACGAAAGCUACGCUGCAUCAUUCUGGGGAAGUCACUUGGGAGCCUCCUGCCAUUUUUAAAAGCAUGUGUCAAAUCGAUGUGCGAUGGUUCCCCUUUGACGAACAGCAAUGUCACCUCAAGUUUGGUUCAUGGACUUACUCUGAAAAUCUACUUAAUCUAGAAUUGCUAGAAGGGAAUCUUCGUUAUGAAGAAGAAGUGAAUGAGAACGGUAUUAAGGACAAUAUCACUAUAGCGGAUGAUGGAAUAGAUCUUUCCGACUAUUAUCCUUCAGUGGAAUGGGACAUAAUGUCUAGAGUGGCAAGACGGCGAUCAAAGAACUAUCCUAGCUGCUGCCCUCAAAGCGCCUAUAUUGAUAUCAUGUACUACCUGGAACUUCGACGAAAACCUCUCUUCUACACUGUAAACUUGGUGUUCCCAUGUGUUGGAAUAUCGUUUCUGACCAUUUUGGUAUUCUAUCUGCCAUCAGAUUCUGGUGAAAAAGUCACUUUAUGUAUUUCUAUUCUUGUCGCCUUAACUAUCUUCUUCCUGCUUUUGGUGAGUUCAUUUCUUGUCAAAAAUGUAGGUUUUCCAGUGCUGACUAUAUUCCAUUUAUCUGCUCCAUAUCAGAUGCACUAG